AUGAAUAAGAUAAGAAGUAAUUCAAUUGAAUCUUCAACAUCAUUAUCAAUAUCAAAUUUUAUAAAAUAUUAUUGGAUUAAUAUAAUUAUAUUUGUAUCGAUUUUAUUGAUAUUGGGAUUAAAUUUAAUUUCAGUGAUAAUGGAGACAAGGGAUCAUUUUGAUAUUACUCGAUUAAUAACUUUAUUUGAUAAAGAACAAUGGCUACUAGCUUCAACAGUUUCACCAUUAAUUAAAACUAUCAAUAAUAGACAGCGAGUUUCACUAUUAACAAAUACUUUUAUAUUAGUAAUCGAUUUCGUUUUAUUUGCUUUCUUAUGUGCUUUAAUUUUAAAAAGAAAUUUAUUCACAAACAAAUCAUCAAAUAAUAAUAAUAAUAAUAAUAUUAAAAAUGAUCACGAGAGGGAUCGUUUAAUUCAACCUAAACAAACUAAUAAAUAUUAA